AUGCGCAUGCUUCUUUCAACUUGGACUUUACUUGUAGCUCUUUCAGUGGUGGUCUUCGGCAUCAGGACAUAUACUCGCAAACGCCAGCGAGCCUCUCUAAUCCGUCGUGACGAAGAGAGGGUGUUGAUUCUGGGAGCUUCCAGUGGAAUUGGACGGGAUAUUGCUCACCGAUAUGCUGCCCAAGGUGCCAAAGUCUGCGUCGUGGGACGUCGAGACGACAAGGUCAUGGCUGUUGUGGAUGAAUGCCGAGCAAGAAGCUUUACACUCAAAGGCACAAUAGGAAUAACUGCUGAUAUUACUAAUGUGAAGGAUAUGGUACGCGUGAGGUCUAUUUUGGAAGAAGAGUGGGGCGGAAUUGAUACUGUUAUCGUUUCUGCAGGUGUAUCUGCGACCAAGCCUUUACUAGAAAUCGCAGGAGUUGGAUUACAGCAGGAUUUAGACCCCUGUGAAGAAGGUAUUCAGGUCGCUAUCAACGUAGCUGAGGCUGCAAUUAGGGGGAACUAUCUUGGGCCUAUGAUUGCAGCUGUUUCUCUUAUUCCCAUUCUCAAACGAACAUCCAAAUCACCUUCCGUACUGCUCAUCUCAUCUCUGGGCGCUGUAAUUCCAGCUCCUACACGCACCUUGUAUGGAUCAACUAAGAGUGCAUCUCUGCUGCUCUAUCAGGCACUGGCAAUUGAGCACCCCUCUAUAUGUUUUUCGUUUGUGUUGCCGAGCACUGUAGCGGGAGAUUUCCGUGCCUCUGCCGUGGAUCAGUCGAACAGCCAGCCCGCAGAGAUAACCGUUGAAACAACUUUUAAUCCCAAUAGCACACCCGGACUCAAAUCCUACUAUGUUGCUAAGCGAUGUAUACAAGCUGUGGAUCAUUCGGAGAAGGUCGUUUUCAUACCUCGCACGAUGAGAAUAGGGCACUUGCUCUAUUGGAUUUGGCCUUCGUUGAUUGAGAACAAGGCAAGGAAGAAAUAUAGUUUUACUCCAAAAUGA